AUGGCUCCGCUUAACAAGCAGACCUUGCUCAUGGCCAAGGCACGAGCAAGCGCCUCCUUCGACCCCUAUAAGCUGACUGAGGAGACAGUACAGAGACGCAGAGACGCCUUUCAGCGAGUUGAGAGUGCUACCGGUACAGCAGACCAAACCAAGCUUCCUCGAGCAUAUGCCGAUGUGAGUCGCGAGGGAGUCUAUCGUGAGGGAGUAAGACUCGGAACCGCCUCCUUCGUUGACGGAAUAUUGCAUAAUCAUGACUUCUUCUCCGGAAUGGACCAGCAUUAUACCCUUAGUAACUGCACCCCAUACGGCCUCCAUUAUAUGAUGUUUAUUCCCACAAUUGAAGAACAAGGCACCCCGGAACAAAUCGCAUAUUGGCUUCCACUCGCAAAAUUAGGGAAGAUUAAUGGAGCUUAUUGCCAGACAGAGUUGGCACGCGGUACCUUUGUGCGGGGCAUCGAGACCACUGCGACUUUUGAUUUGCUGACUGAUGAGUUUGUUGUGAAUUCUCCCACCUUUACGUCCGCCAAGUUCUGGCCUGGUGCCAUGGCAUCUUCUUGUACUCAUGUGAUAUUAAUGGCUCGCCUAAUAAUCAAAGAGACCGACUAUGGUGUACAUCCGUUCAUAGUUCAGCUGCGAGACUUAGAAGACUUCUCCCCUAUGCCUGGUGUGGAACUUGGCGAUCUAGGCCCGAAGAUGGGUUAUAAUGGCACUACUAACGGCUAUGCUAUAUUUCGCAAUGCUCGAAUCCCGAGAAGUGGUUUAUUGAUGCGACAUGCUAGUGUGGAACGAGAUGGCACAUACAAUAAACCAAAACAUGACAAAUUUGCUUAUCUUACAAUGCUUUACGCGCGUGCCACAAUUGCACAUGGCUCUGCAUUCAAACUUGCUCAGGCAGUCACUAUUGCAACCCGCUUUUCGGUGGUGCGUGAACAGGGACUUGGUCCAAACGGUGAAGGAACUGAGGAUGGCUCAGAAACAGCGAUCAUUCACUACCGGUCACAGAAUUUCCGCCUCUUUACCUUGCUUGCAAGAGCGUAUGCAAUCCUUUUCACCUCUCCAACCCUAGAUGGGUUAUACAUGAGCCUCAAGAACGUUGCAGAACAAAACGACUUUGCUUCCUUAGGGUACUAUCAUAUGCUCCUUGCAGGACUUAAGGCGUGGAAUACCCAAAUCGCUGCAGACGGAGCAGAAGAUGCAAGAAAAUGCUGUGGAGGUCAUGGCUAUGUUUUGACUAGUGGUCUCCCUACAAUUGUGGCAGAAGCAACAGCUCCGGCUACUUUUGAGGGCGAAAACUAUGUUAUGUACCAACAAGUCGGCCGCUAUUUGCUCAAAUGCUUCAAAUUGCUCAAGGCUGGAAAACAGAUCGACAGCCGUAUGAGCCAUCUCCAUGAGGCCUUCAAGCUCUAUGGAGCAAGGUCGGAAAUACACCGUUGCAAUGCAAGUGGGAAGGAGUUCCUUAACCCCAGCGUUCAGCAUUCGAUCUUCAAACAUCGCGCAUUUCGACUCUUAUUCAAAUGUGAUACCAGUCUCGAGGCUGCUGAACGUCACGGUGGGCUCACGGCUGCCCAAGCGUGGAACCAAAAUAUGAUGGGCAUAAUUGCUGCAGCGCGGGCGUAUAUGGAACUCCUUAUUCUUCAAGAAUUUAUUCAAGCAGUCUCCCAAAUCAGCGACCCCGCCGUCAACAUCGCACUCUCUAGACUCUGCUCGAUUUUUGCUCUAACAACAAUCAUCCAUCCACAAUCCUACGAUGCCAUCUCUUUUAUAGAAAAUGGCUAUCUCACUCAGGCCCAGCUUUCAGAUAUAACUGUCUGUACAAACGAGUUACUAGAUGAUCUGAUUCCCGAUGCGAUUGCGUUAACGGAUGCAUGGGACUUUACAGACGCUAGUCUGUGCUCAGCAAUCGGGCAAUAUGAUGGGAAUGCCUACGAAACUCUGAUGUCGUGGACACGCCAAAUCCCAAUGAACAAGGAUCUGAAUGAAAGAGGCAGCGUUUGUAUGGAAGCCUGGGAACGAUGGACUAAGCCUGCCUUAAAUCCAGAACUCAGAGCGCAUUUGUAG